UUGAUGAAAAUAACCACGAUCUAGUGAUACGGGCUUUAUCUUAGUAAAAGCGAAUUUCAUAACAAUAUGUUAGUAGAUUUUGAAAAUGGCAUUGGAGGUUAAAAUAGCAAAGUGGUCGAUAGUAAGUUGUAGGAAGGAGCAGAAAUGAAUGGCAAAGAAAUUGGGGAAUUGUCGGAUAUGAUUGGCAAUAUCAAGGAAAAGACUAGAGGACAUCCUGCGUCAGACAAUCCUGAAAAUAAACAUAAAAGUGAUGAAACAAAAGCAGACAUCAACAAGAAUGUCGACCCGGAGUCUUUGAAAAUUUCGCUGCAGAAGCAAUGGCAUGAUCGUGAACGGUUUCAAAGCUCAGACUUGAUCGAAGAGAUCACGUCAAAAGCUGGGAAAGUGCAAUUUACUCGCAGCACCAUUCGAGAAGCGCGAAUGUGUUGGCCUGGAUCGAGAUUCACAUAAUAACAUUAACCUUGUAACUGUGAGGGAGCGGCUAAAGAAGGAUUACUCUCAGAUGACGUAUUCUUGUUCUUUAAUCUAAAAUAAAAUGAAAAGAAAUGAAUAAAUUGUAAUAAUAACAAGUAAAGA